AUUCAAGAUCCAGUUCAUGAGAUCCCGGAGGAAGAGGAUGAUAGCGUCCUUGUCUCAGCUGGGGACAGUCCGGAUCGAAAGGACAAUGCCUUCCUGGAGUGGUUGGAAUUGCUGACAGGGGUUCAACGACCUUCACCCCCACUGAAACCUGCUGAAAACUGCACCGAGUGUCAAUGUGGUAGAACCAACACGGUGAAGCGAAUCGUCGGUGGUAUGGAAACUCGCGUCAAUCAGUAUCCUUGGAUGACGAUUCUCAAGUACAACAAUCAGUUCUACUGUGGUGGGACGCUCAUUACGGAUCGACACGUUAUGACGGCCGCUCACUGCGUCCACGGUUUCAGUCGGGCACGGAUGAGCGUUACCCUCCUAGACCACGAUCAGUCCAUGAUGAAUGAGACGGAAACCAUCACGGCGAAAGUGGAACGCAUCUUCAAACACCCUGGAUACAGUUCUCUGAACUACGACAACGAUAUUGCCGUACUACGGUUGGAUACGGUACUGCAGAUGAACGAUAAACUUCGGCCGGUUUGUCAACCGAGCUCGGGCGAAUCGUUCACUGGAUAUGAUGGUAUUGUUACCGGUUGGGGUACUACUUCGUCCGGAGGAAACGUUUCACCUACCCUUCAGGAGGUCACCGUGCCGAUAAUGUCCAAUGAAGAUUGCAAAAAGACGGCAUACGGUGAGAAUCGCAUCAGUGACAACAUGCUGUGCGCUGGAUAUCCCGAAGGAAUGAAGGACUCCUGCCAGGGUGACAGCGGGGGUCCGUUGCAUGUGAUGGACAAGGAAAUGGAAUCGGAAAACAUUCAUCAAAUCGCUGGGGUUGUGUCCUGGGGCGAGGGUUGUGCCAGACCGAACUAUCCGGGUGUUUACACCCGGGUCAAUCGCUAUGAGGAGUGGAUCCGAAACAAUACAAUCGAUGGGUGCUACUGUAAGCAAGACAAGACGUCUUCUGUUUCAGUUGAAAACUGA